UUGCAGAAAAAAAUUUGUGGAAGAUAAACCUUUGUUAUCAUACCUAGACAGAAGAAGAAACCCAAAUCGGCCAUGGCAGCAAUUGCUUGCAGCUUCAAAACCUUCUCUUCCAUCAGCUACGUCGGUUCUCGGAGACCCAAUUCCUCCCUCAAUAGCUUCUUAAGACUCAACUUUCCUUCUCGACCGAUCUCAAUAUCUUCUAGAUUGCGGAUUUCUUUUCAAGUAGCUGGAGCAGAUAAUCGAAGUGGGUUUCCACUUGCUGCUUGUUUGGGUGACAGUCGUCAUGAAGAAGCACCCAUUGAAACAGGGGAUGAUUCAAAGGAAGCAAUUAUAGACCUAAAACUCCCAAGAAGAAGUAUGUUACUUCGUUUCACUUGCAAUUCAUGUGGGGAGAGAACACAGAGGAUGAUAAACAGAUUAGCUUAUGAACGAGGAACUGUUUUUGUGCAGUGUGCAGGAUGUCUCAAACACCACAAAUUAGUUGACAAUCUUGGUUUGGUGAUUGAGUAUGAUUUUCGAGAGGAGAAUGAGACGGAUUCUCUUUCAGAUUGAAUCCUUUGGUGGGCAAUUGCAGACCAGAAAAAGCAUAUGAUAUAAUACUUAGAGAGAAUUUUGUUUAGAUUUCAAAAUGGUCAAUUCCUUAAUCAACUUUGUGUCUUUAUUGUAACAUGUUAUGUUCACAAUCUUUAAGAAUGCUUUGUAACAAAGAGUAUUGUUAUCUUUGGGGUUUAGGGUUCUUGAUGGGUGGGUACAUGGCCAAAUCUUUUAUA